AUGGUCCCGUUCACGGCUACGAUAUCUGCAGAUUCUUCCGUUUCUCCUGACGCCACGGCAGAGCUUCCGGUGGUAGCGCAAGCGGCGGCGGCGACGGACGUCCCGGACGUUCUAAUGAUGGACAAUGACUUCGGACACCUGGACGCAGUCAAGGCGGCGCAGAGUCAGUAUGAGGAGGCUGAAGCGCAUUCCGGCGAAGACCAGGAGGCGAAUACGCGGGAUCUAGGGAUGGCGCCGCAACAAUCUGAAGUGCAUUUCCACGUCCAGACGGCUUGGAGUGCGUUCGUGUCUGCUCUCGCGGCUGAUGACGUGGCGUCGGCCUCGUCUAUCCUGUUUGGUCCUGAAGCUGCGACGCUCAUGGCUCCUGGUGCUGGAAGCGUGACUCUUGCGACGGAACAAGAGAAGGAGAACCUGCUCAAUGUAGCCAUGGCGACCGUCACCAUCCCCGCCGCUAAGGCGUCGCUCGCGCCCGUCGCGCGCAGCGAGAACAAGUCAGCAGGCGCCGCGAAGGUCGGCUUUGCUUCAUCUGGCCUCGCUGGAGCUCGCCUCACCACCAAAGCGCCUCGUGCUUCCAAGCAGGCUGCUACUAGCGCAAGACCCGCCGCUCCUCGCGCCGUGAUUGACUCCAGCACCGCCAAGGAUGUCUGCAUGGACCCUGACGUCAGCCAGAGCGUUCUCGGUAUCAUUCUCGGCGGCGGUGCCGGCACUCGCCUCUACCCGCUCACCAAGAAGCGCGCCAAGCCCGCCGUGCCUCUGGGCGCCAACUACCGCCUGAUCGACAUCCCCGUUAGUAACUGCAUCAACAGCAACAUUGUGAAGAUCUACGUGAUGACGCAGUUCAACUCGGCGUCGCUCAACAGGCAUCUGUCGCGCGCGUACACGAGCAACAUGGGUGGUUACAAGACGCAGGGUUUCGUCGAAGUGCUCGCAGCGCAGCAGAGCCCUGAGAAUCCCAACUGGUUCCAGGGCACGGCGGACGCGGUGCGGCAGUACCUGUGGCAGCUGGAGGAGCAGAACGUGCAGGAGUUCCUCAUUCUCGCGGGAGACCACCUGUACCGCAUGGACUACCAGCGCUUCAUCAAGUGCCAUCGCGAGAACGACGCCGACAUCACCAUCGCCGCGCUGCCCAUGGACGAGAAGCGCGCCGAGGCCUUCGGGCUCAUGAAGAUCGACGACACGGGGAGGAUUGUCGAGUUCGCGGAGAAGCCCAAGGGCGACGCGCUCAAGGCUAUGCAGGUGGACACGACGAUCCUGGGCCUGGACGCGGAGCGCGCCAAGGAGAUGCCGUACAUCGCGUCGAUGGGCAUCUACGUGAUCAGCAAGGACGCCAUGAUCCGCAUGCUCGCCGACGACUUCCCCGAUGCUAACGACUUCGGCUCCGAGGUCAUCCCCGGCGCGUGCGCCAAGGGCGCCAAGGUCCAAGCGUUCCUGUAUGACGGGUACUGGGAAGACAUUGGAACCAUCGAGGCAUUUUACAACGCCAACCUCGCCACCACGCAGCCCAACUCGCCCUUCAGCUUCUACGACCGCUCUGCACCCAUCUACACCCAGGCGCGCUACCUGCCGCCGUCUAAGCUGCAGAGCGUGGAUAUCUCAGAGAGCGUGAUUGGCGAGGGGUGCGUCAUUGAGGACUCGCAACUACACCACUCGGUGAUCGGCCUUCGCGCCAAGAUCGGUGCAGGGUCCGUCAUCAAGGACACGCUUGUCAUGGGCGCUGAUUACUACGAGACGGAGGAGCAACAGGAGGCGCUGAUAGCCAGUGGUGGCGUGCCAAUUGGCAUUGGGAAGAACGUGGUGAUUCACAAGGCCAUCAUUGACAAGAAUGCACGCAUCGGGGACAACGUGCAGAUUAUCAACAAGGAUCAGGUGGAGGAGGCAGCCCGGGAGACGGACGGCUACUUCAUUAAGAGCGGCAUCGUUACAGUCAUCAAGGAUGCUGUGAUUCCUCCCGGCACCAUUAUCUAG